CAAGAUGGCGCCGGUGGGGGUGGAGAAGAAGCUGCUGCUGGGCUCCAACGGGCCGGCAGUCGCGGCCGCCGGUGACCCGACCAGCGAGGAGGAGGAGGGCCAGAGUUUGUGGUCCGCGAUCUUGAGUGAAGUGUCCACUCGCGCCAGGUCCAAGUUGCCGUCUGGCAAGAACAUCCUGGUUUUCGGUGAAGAUGGUUCUGGUAAAACAACCCUUAUGACUAAGUUACAAGGAGCUGAGCAUGGCAAAAAAGGAAGAGGCCUAGAGUAUCUCUACCUCAGCGUUCACGACGAGGACCGAGACGAUCACACGCGUUGUAAUGUGUGGAUUCUGGACGGAGACCUGUACCACAAAGGCCUGCUCAAGUUUGCCGUAUCUGCUGAGUCCUUGCUGGAGACCCUGGUUGUUUUUGUUGCAGACAUGUCUAGGCCUUGGAGUGUGAUGGAAUCACUACAGAAAUGGGCUAGUGUUUUACGUGAGCACAUUGAUAAAAUGAAAAUUCCACCAGAAGAAAUAAGGGAACUGGAACGGAAGUUUGUGAAAGAUUUCCAAGACUACGUUGAGCCUGAAGAAGGUUGUCAAGGUUCUCCACAGAGAAGAGGGCCUCUGACCUCAGGCCUGGAUGAAGAAAAUGUUGCCUUGCCUCUCGGUGACAAUAUGCUAACCCAUAAUCUGGGGAUCCCAGUGUUGGUGGUGUGUACAAAGUGUGAUGCGGUGAGUGUCCUGGAGAAGGAGCACGAUUACCGGGACGAGCACUUUGACUUCAUCCAGUCCCACCUGCGGAGAUUCUGUCUCCAGUAUGGAGCUGCCUUGAUUUACACCUCAGUGAAGGAAGAGAAGAACCUUGACCUGUUGUAUAAGUACAUUGUUCAUAAAACAUACGGUUUCCACUUUACCACGCCUGCCUUAGUCGUGGAAAAGGAUGCAGUUUUUAUACCUGCAGGCUGGGACAAUGAAAAGAAAAUAGCUAUUUUACAUGAAAAUUUCUCAACGGUGAAGCCAGAAGAUGCAUUUGAAGACUUCAUUGUGAAACCUCCUGUGAGAAAGCUGGUCCACGACAAAGAGUUGGCAGCGGAGGAUGAACAGGUGUUCCUAAUGAAGCAACAGUCACUCCUUGCCAAGCAGCCAGCCACACCCACGAGAGCCUCCGAAUCACCUGCAAGAGGACCUUCUGGCUCUCCAAGAACUCAAGGCCGAGGAGGGCCAGCCAGUGUGCCCAGCGCCUCCCCAGGCACGUCAGUUAAGAAGCCAGACCCAAACAUCAAAAAUAAUGCGGCAAGCGAAGGGGUGUUGGCCAGUUUCUUCAACAGUCUUUUGAGUAAGAAAACAGGCUCUCCUGGAAGUCCUGGUGCCAGUGGGGUACAGAGCACAGGCAAGAAGUCAGGACAAAAAACUGUGUUGACAAAUGUUCAGGAAGAGCUGGAUAGAAUGACUCGCAAACCUGACUCCAUGGUAACAAACUCUUCAACGGAAAAUGAAGCCUGAUCCUCCUUAAAAAGUGCAUAUGUCAAAUGACCAAAUAACUAUGUCUGUUGAUCUGCUAAGACCAGGAUUUUUCUGAUAUGGCACAUGCUAUCAGUUUUUUGGGGCAGGGGAGAU